GAUUGUCAAAGAGAAAUCUCAAGACAGUAUUAAAUCAGUAAAGGACAAUGUGACGUCUUCACAGAAAUCUGCAGGAUCCAGGAAAAGUUCUAAGGCAUCUGAGACUGGCAAUGGGAUUGUUAAAGAGAAAACUCAAGAGAGUAUUAAAGACAAUGUGACAUCUUCACCUCAUGAUAAUAACUCAUUAAAAUCUGCAAGUUUGUCAAAUGUUGAGAGUGAUAAAGUCCAGGAGCAAGAUAACAAGGAAGACACUGCAGGAGAUAUCAAAAUGAAUGAUUCAUCAGAAGAAAAUCAACAGAAGAUGGAAGAAAGACCACUGUCUACUACUGACAGUGCUGUCAUUGUUGUCCAAUCACCUGACCAAGACAGCCAGCCAAUGGAAAAAGAGGAUUCCAAGCUGUCAAUGCUAUCACAUGACACUAUGGGAUCAUUAGCAGAAACAGAUGAUAAUGUAUCUUUGACUGAAGACCAGAAGUUAGCCACACAAGAAUCAGCAGCAAUGGUAGCUAAUGUUAUUGAAAUGGCUGAAGAACAUGUUCAUCAGAUUGAGGAAAUGGAGGAAGGAGAAAAUGACAGCAGCCUCGAGGAGGGGUCAGUUCAAAGUGUGAAAGAUGAGGAGUGGGCAUCUCAGAACGGAGAUUUAGAAGACAAGUCAGAUAAAACAAGUGAUGCAUCUACUCAGAUUGGAAGUACAGAACAAAUCUUAGUGCUUGAAGAAGCUAAGGAAAAGCAGGAGGAAGAUUCUGAAACUAAAGAUGUUAGUCCAAAGGAGAAAAUAGAUGACAAUGAAUGCGAUGAGAACACCAAGUUACCUCCCCUUCCUCAGAGGGCACGGCCAGCUAACUUCAAGUGUCUCUCAACCUUUGGCCAUUCCAAAUGGCCAAUUAGAAAUUAUGCCAAAUUUGAUUUUAAUGUCAAUGCUGGGCAUGGGGGUUGUGCUGGCCUAUUACUGGCGUCUGAUUUUUACGGGGGAGCAGGAAAAUGCUGCAACUCACGAAUCACAUUCCUGAGAUGUGGAUUUGACUGUAACCACUUCAACUGUGCCAAUCUUAAAGACAGCAAGGGGGAGCAUUUUGGGCCAGAGCAAGGGUACAGAGUGGACGAGGAGGGAGGCUUCUUAGGGGAUCUUCACAUGGGUAACAACCAUGUGAUGCUUCUAACAAAUGACUCCAAGAAUGGAAGACUGGGUAAUGGGAUAUUGGUAGAAGCCUCUGAAGACAAAACCAAUCUGUGUGUUAAUGUUAAUGGAAGCCUGGGGUCCGGAAAUAAAAACGGAGGAGGAACAACACUGAUUCUAUGUAGCGGGACAGUAGAAAAUAAGCCUGUGUCUGCCAUGUACAUGAUUAGUACUGGUGGCAAAGACAACUACAUGGCAAGUUGUUUAAUGUCUGGUAGUGACAAGUGGACAUACGGUGUGGGAGAAAACGGGUCUCUUCAUGUUAAUGGUCCUAGUGAUAGUCGCUAUGCAGUAUACCACAACAGGGAGGAGCUUGUUAUGAUGGAAACAGGAAUAAAGCAGUCAAACGUUCUGAUGACCCAGGCUUGGAAUGGGCAAGAGCCCACAGUAAUGGUGGACAAUGUUCCCGCUCAUGGUUGUUUUGUGAUUCUUUGUUCCAAUACUUCAGGAGCAGAUGACCAUUCUUGUGCUGGGUUUUACCUUGUGACUGUUGGAGCAGAUGGAAUUGAGACUAAGGUCAUAAGUAAACUUCAUGGAGAGGGAUACACCACUGGAGACUUGUGGAAGUUUGAGAAGUCAGGAAACAGCAUCAUUGUGACUGGUCCCAAAGGCCCAUGUCGCUAUACUGUCCUGUCUAAUGAGGAGUACAAGGACCAGCAGUAUAUAUUCCAGGACAUCUGUCUGGCUACUGGCUCCCCUCAGCCAAUCAGAAGCCAGGUGGAAAUUAACAAGGAGGGUGUACAAGGUAUUAUUGAGAAAGCUUCCAAAGUGUGCAUACAAGUUGAUGGGAAAGUUAUACGCAUUUUUGAUCCUGAUGACCUUACAAAAGUUAAAGAGGGCUAUGGAUUUAAACGUUUGUGGAAGUCUGGAGAGCUCCCAUGUGGUGCAAACAUGGUUAGAGUCCAGAUCAUCAACAAACAUGUCACAUUGGGUACAGAAGAAUGUGUCCAUUUGGAUGGCUCCCCCAGACAACUGGAGGUCCAGAAGGACUUGGUCCACUACGCCCUGAACUGUGGAGGCCCCACUUACACAGCAGUGAAUGACAUCACAUACACCAGUGAACACAGACAGUUUGCCAGCUUCACAUAUGAUUUCAACUGUGGAUCAAGAUGUUUGGCUUAUGGGAAAAAUCAUAACUUGGUCAACAUUUUGGAGCUGAUCAACAACACUCAUGAUGGCUUCUUGUAUGCUUCAGUGAGAACUAAAUACACAGAGCCCAUUGAUGAACAAAAAGUUAUCUAUACUGUGAAGACAUUAGAUGUUCCUGAUGGUGAAUACACCCUAAGGCUUCAUUAUGUUGGGAAAGGCUACAAGUCACACUCUAUCUCAUUUAAUGGAAAAUCCAUAAACAAUCAGGUGGCCAAGUUUGGAGACAAAGUGCCCGACGUCGGUGGUCAAGGACUGACAGCUUUCCAUGCAGACAUCCAGGUCACCGUUCAGAACAACAACUUUGUGUUGAACACAGAUGCCCCCAUUGCAGGCUUCGCUCUGCUAAACAAGGCUUACAAAGACCCCAGCAGGUCAGAGGAGGAGCUGAAGAAGGAGAGCGAGGAGAAGUCACGGUUGAUGGACAAGGUGGAACCUGUAAUGAGGACAGUCAUGAGGAAGGAAAUGGAGAUUGUGGGGUGGUCUCAAAACCUGAUUAAAAACUCCAGUGGUGAAGAGGGACAGCUGUCCUUCUGGAACUUUUCAGGAGAUUGGAAAAUAAUUGAGGGGGGAUACAAUGCAGAGAAAGCUUUUGUAACCUCCCACAUGUGGUGUACCAAGUACCAGGAGGUGGACCUUACCCAGCACUUCUCUGAGGAGUAUCUUGAUACAGCACCUGAGAUACAGGUUACUGAAUGGUACCGGGAAGGAGUAUGUGGCGGGGGGCAUUACAAAAUGACAGCUCUUGUUAUGGAUGGAGAUGGCAAUGUAAUGCAGCGUUACAAUUUGCCAGAAACUGGUAGAAUAUACCGUAACAACAAAUGGGAACAAGUAGGAACAACAUUCAAAGACUAUGGACCUGGAGCAAGAAUUGUCUCCAUAGAAAGUUCAGGAAAGGAUGACAAGUAUUGGGGAGGCCAUUAUGGACCAAUUAUUUCUAGCUCAGUCGUCCGUGUCAAACGAGAGGCCAAACCAGCCCAGGGGGACAAGUUUGAAGAUAUUGAACUGGAUUCAGAAGAUACCUCAAAAUUGACCAACACUGUGGACAGCCUGGUAGGAAAAGUGUUAAAAGACAACAAGGAAUUACUGGAGGAAUAUCUAGAGGAGGAAGUUGUACCCAAAUUUGAUGAAAAGUUUGAAAAGCAAGUGGAAUUAAGCCCAGCAUCAGCUGUUCAAGUUCGGAAGCCAAGGGCCAAGCGUAAGAAGAGAGAGAUUCGUGUCUUUGUGUCGAGCACCUUCAAGGAUUUUUCUCGAGAAAGAGAGGAAAUAAUCAAAAAAAGUUUCAGAGAGAUUAAUCGGAUUUGUGCAGAAAGGGGUGUUUUCUUUACUUAUGUGGACCUGAGAUGGGGGAUAUCCUCCGAACAAUCAUCAGAUGGAAAAACUAUUGCUAUCUGUUUGAAAGAGAUUGAGCGCUGCCGUCCAUACUUCCUGUGUCUGAUGGGAGAGAGGUUUGGAUGGAGUCAGAAGAGUGAUUCAAAUGAUGAGCUGCUUUCCAAGACCUACGAUUAUGCUGUAGAGAAUUACCCAUCUCUAAAGUGGAUUGAUGAGCAUCGAUACAACACCAGUGUCACUCAGCUGGAGGUCCUACAUGGAGUUUUAAAUAACAUAGAGAUGAAUACUAAGAGGAGCUUCUUCUACCUCAGAGACCCAGUACAAAUGGGGAACAUGGAGGAGAAAGAAUACAAGAAAUUCAAAUCAGAAUCUGAGUGGCAUAUGGAGAGACAGAUGGCCUUGAGAAACAUGGUGGAACAACUGGGAGAAAAAGCCAACAUCCGAACCUUCUCUCAACCAACUGAAGUUUCCCAAAUGAUCAAAGAGGAUUUACAAGUAUGCAUUGAUGAAGAUUUUCCCAUUGGGUCAGAGUUAACUCCUCUUGAACGUGAAAGAGAGGCUCACCAAGCAUUUGCUGAUGUCCGCUGUCAGGUUUACAUAGGGAGAGAGGAAUAUUUUACAGAGAUUGAUAGCAAUAUGGAGAAGGGAAUUAAUCAGCCUAUGGUACUACUGGGAGAGUCUGGCUGUGGAAAAUCUGCUCUGGUAGCCAACUGGGUGAAAAGAACUCAGAAUAAAUACCCAGAUGCCUUCAUUUUUGUUCACUUUAUUGGAAGUUCUGCAGAAAGUUCCAGUUACUUAAAAUUACUAAGGAGAUUGUACGAGGAAAUGAAGAUUUUCUUUCACCUUGACCUUGACAUUCCUAACUCGGACACGACCUUGGUGAGAGAACUGGGUAAAUGGUUGAAGAUCUGUAGUACCAGACAGAAGUGUGUCAUUGUCCUGGAUGCCCUCAACCAGCUGGACGAUGGCUCCAAAGAGGAUGGUGUGGAGCACAAUUUGUUAUGGAUACCUGGAAAUCUGCCAAAGAAUAUUUUCAUUUUGUUGUCAACUUUACCAGGAAGAGCAAUGGACUCUGUGCUUAACUUUGGUUGGCCAACAAUGAAGGUAUCCCCCCUGGAGAAUUCUCAGAAGAUGGAGAUUAUCACAGGGUACCUGGAGGGAAUUUAUGGUAAAACACUCAGUCAGGAACAGAAGGAGAUGAUAGUAGAAGCUCCACAGACCAACAAUCCCCUGUAUCUACGAUCUCUGUUAGACGAGGUGAGAAUGUAUGGUAACUUCCGAAUGUUGACGCAGAAGAUCCAGGACUAUCUUCAAGCAGACAGCCCAGGUGUACUGUUCACAAAAAUUCUGGAGCGUCUGGAGUCGGACUUUAAUUUGGAUGAUACAUCAACAUCUGGAGUUGGAAUUCUGUUGAAGAAAAAACAAAGAACAAACAUGAUUCGUGAAACAACUACUGCUAUUUGGUGUUCUAACAGAGGAAUGUCUGAAAAUGAGCUGGUGGAACUCCUUGAGGUCCCCAUGGCAGUGUGGUCCCCAUUCUACAUGUCCCUAUCUGACAGCCUCGUAAACAAGGACGGGAUCCUCAAUUUCUUCCACGACCAUCUACGACAGGCAGUGGAAAGAAAAUACCUCAGUACAGCAGAAGAGAAGAAAGCCACCUAUCUCAAGCUGGCAAACUACUUCUCUACCAAGGAGCUAACAGACAGGGUGGUGGAUGAGCUCCCCUUCCUUCUGGCCAAGGCAGGCGAACUAGACAGGCUUAAGGAGACCAUUGGUAACUUUGAUGUGUUCCAGAGGCUGAUUAAGGAUGAAGAUAGGACAUUUGAACUCAUCAAAUCCUGGCAGCUGUUAGGAGAUUACACGCUAGUGGAAGAGGAAUAUUUUAAGAAACUGUCAGAGAUCCCCGAAUCUGAGCGAGGGACUGAGAACUACUCCGCCCUUCUGGAUGACCUGGGAGGAUUUUUUGUGGAUCUUGGACUCUAUAAGGCUGCCAGAAAAGUGUAUGAGAUGCUUGUUACCGUCAUAGAAGCCAGAUACAAGGAAGACUAUACGACGGUGGUGUACAGUGCCUUCGCACAAAAGUGGAAGUAUCGGACCAGGCACCCAGAAGUACUGAAUGCUUUGCAGAAGUUGGGUUUGAUCUGUGAGAAGCUGAUGGAACUAGAUGCCAGUCGCUAUUAUUAUGAAGAUGCCAUUGCUAGACAAAACAGAGCUGUUACUCCCUCACAAAAACUACAGUUGUGUGAAGGCCUUUUGGGAUUGGCUGCUGUUAUGAACCUCAAAAAUGACAUGCCACAGUCUAAGAAACUUUUGAUACGAGCCCUGGAGCUGGCAACAGAGGUGUUGGGAAGACAGCAUCAUUUUGUGGCAGCCAUUCUUAACAAGUUGGGAGUGUUGGGAUACACACAGAGUCGUGUAGAUGAAGCCCUGGCAUACUAUCUCCAGGAUCUGAAGCUGACUCGCAGUGAGGUUGGCGUAAAUCACCCCAGGGUGGCCCGUAUCCUGGGGUCGAUAGGAAUGGUGUACGAUGACAAGAACGACAAACUGGCAGGGGAAUUGUACGAGAGCAGUCUGGCUAUGUUGUUGGAUACGUACGGAUCUGCUCAUGUUGAUGUGGCAACAGUCAGAUACAACCUUGGAACCUUUUACUUUGCCACUAACUACUAUGCUAAGGCCAAGUUUCAGUUCCAGGAGGCCUGCAACAUUUACCAGGCCUUCCUGUCUGAGGAUCAUCCAGACACCAAGGCAGCAAAGCAGGCCCUCGAGGCAGUGCCUUGAGGGGGGGGGGGGGGAGAACACUUGCCUUAAACAAAUCCAGGGGAAGUGCCUUUAAAAUGGAAGGAAGGCCUGUUUUAACAGAACUUAACCAAAGGCAGUCCUUGUUUGUUGUAAUUUAUAUCUUAACCUUAUCCGUGUGAUGUGUAAACCUUUCUGUUGUUACGUGUCAUGCUUGCUCAACCAUAAACAAACAAAUGUAAUGGAUAUGUUAACAGACAAUUUCAUUCAAUCUCCCUAGCAUCCAAACAUUUACAUGUAUGUAGCUUAGACUCUUAAAUUUGAGAAUAUGUAAGAUAAAGCUUUGAGAUUCAUGUUUAAUUAUAAAUGUAGAUGACUGUUACUUUUUCCCUUUUUUUUCACUUUAAGACAU